ACAGCAUGUAGUGCACCACUGGGGUAGGGAGGAGAAUACAAUUUAGGACGCAGUCUUUUUGUUCCUUGACACUUCGAGGACUUUAUAAUUUUGUUAUUUUUAAUUAUUUAUUUGGUUUCAGAGUUAUUUGGCUGUUUAAAGGCAUGAGCUCCGGGUUACUGAGGCUGAGGCUGCAGCUCCGUCCUGCUCGGCUAGUGUCCUGUCAGGGAGCGUGGAGAAAACAUUAUUCUGCUCAGAGUGGAGCUCUCGAGCGGGCCAUAGCUGCUUUCCGCUCGGUCGGCGGUGAUGACGGCGUGUCUGUGGGUUUAGCAGUGCGAGAGCAGCACGGGAGAGAUGAGUCAGUGCACAGAUGUCGCCCCCCAGAUGUUGUAGUGUUCCCCCGGUGUGUGGAGGAGGUCAGUGCUCUGGCCAAAAUCUGCCACCAUCACCGAUUACCCAUCAUCCCCUUUGGCACGGGAACGGGUCUGGAAGGAGGAGUAGGUGCUGUGAAGGGUGGUGUGUGUUUCAGUCUCAGGAAGAUGGACCAGGUGCUGGAUUUGCACCCGGAGGACUUUGACGUGACCGUGGAGCCUGGCGUCACACGCAAAGCACUUAACUCCUACCUGCGCGACACAGGCCUGUGGUUCCCCGUGGACCCUGGUGCUGAUGCGUCUCUUUGUGGCAUGGCUGCCACCAGUGCGUCAGGCACUAACGCUGUGCGCUACGGUACCAUGCGCGAGAACGUCCUUAAUCUAGAGGUGGUGCUGGCGGAUGGGACAAUCAUACACACGGCAGGCAAGGGGCGACGGUCAAGAAAGACAGUGGCAGGCUAUAACUUGACGAACCUGUUUGUGGGCUCUGAGGGGACGUUGGGGAUCCUGACCAAAGCCACGCUCCGGCUGUAUGGCAUUCCGGAGGGCAUGGUGUCAGCCAUCUGCUCCUUCCCCUCAGUUCAGGCAGCCGUGGACAGCACGGUGCAGGUGCUGCAGGCUGGAGUGCCCAUCGCUCGCAUCGAGUUCCUGGACGAUGUGAUGAUCAGUGCCUGUAACCACUUCAGCUCUCUGUCCUACCCAGUCCUGCCGACGCUGUUCCUCGAGUUCCAUGGCAGCUCCAGGAGUCUGGAGGAGCAGGUGUCUGUCACAGAGGAGAUCACGCGGGAGAACGGUGGCUCGGACUUCACCUGGGCUGAGGAUGAGGAGACACGUUCACAGCUAUGGAAAGCUCGACAUGAUGCCUGGUACGCCGCACUGGCACUGCGACCGGGCUGCAAGGCGUACUCCACGGACGUGUGUGUGCCAAUCUCCCGUCUGCCUCAGGUCAUAGUGGAAACCAAAGACGAUCUAAUCAGAAACAAUCUUACAGGUCCGAUUGCAGGUCAUGUGGGAGAUGGGAACUUCCACUGCUUAAUGGUGUUAAACCCUGAUGACCCUGAUGAAGUGCAGAGAGUUCACGAGUUCACAGUUAGACUGGCCAGGAGGGCUCUGUCAGUUGACGGGACGUGUACAGGAGAACACGGCGUGGGUUUGGGGAAGAGGGCUCUGCUGCGGGAGGAACUCUGCCCUCUGACCAUGGAGGUGAUGCAGGGCCUCAAAGCCACACUGGAUCCCAAAAACCUCAUGAACCCUGGGAAAAUCCUGUAGGUGACCUUUGACUUGUGGUCAGAAGCAGAGAGGACAGAACUGCCAUGAGAGUACACCACUUCAUCUCAAAUGCUAGAUUACAUGUGUAGUGUUCAUGUUAGAAUGUCACCCAUUUUAAGUGUCCUGAACACUAGAAUACAUGGAAAUGGUUCUCGCAAGACUCCUUCACAGAUGUUAUAGUCAAGUGUUCAUACGGUCGUCUUCUCUGUGGCCAAGAGUCUGUGUGUAUUACCCAUAGUCAAAUCAAAUAUGAUGCUGUGAAAUGGCAUUUGCCGAUUGCUGUAAAUGGUAGUGAGUCGAUUAAGCUUUUAAAGGAUUCACGAUAAAUGGCAAUGAUUUGGUUUAGCCUUUAAAUGAUUCCCUUUAAAUGAUUUGCCAUAAGAGGCAGUGAGUCGAUUCAGUUUUUAAAUGAUUCACUGUGAAUGGCAGUGAGUCAGUUUAGCAUUUACAUGAUUCACAAUGAAAGGCAAUGAAUCGAUUCUGCCUUUAAAUAAUUCACUAUAAACUGCAGUGAGUCGGUUUAGUCUAUAAAUGUUUUACUAUUAAUGUCAGUGAAUCAAUUCACCUUUUAAAAGAUUCACUAUAAAUGACUGAGUCAGUUUAAUUUAUUACAUAAUGAAAUAAAUUGUGACAUUAGCACAUUUAUACAUUUAUUAAGCAUUGUUUAAAUUACAUUAAAUCAGUUUUUAAACUUCUCAUUUCAACUGUGUGAAUAACCUAUGACUGGAACAGUUUGAGAGAUGACAGGUGAAUUACAGUGACAUCAUGCACAUUUAAUAUGUUUAUGCUUCUAAGCUGUUUUUUUUUUUUUUUUUUUUUGAGAAAGAAAUUAGCUUUCCACUAUCCAUUCAUUCAGUUGCUCAGUCUGAAUCAUCCAGGAUAAAGCAAUUCAGCUGUCUUCUUACUGCUUUCCUUAUAAGACACUUUAUCUCAAAAGAGCUUUCUACCUAAGCAGCUCAUUACUGAAUGGAAGCAGGGAUCACUUGAAGCAUUUCCAAUAACAAUAUAUUUAACCUAGGUUCUAAUUUAAUUGCAAACAUGGAAUGAGUCAAAAAUGAUUUUUAAAAAGGUAUUUAUUAUCUUAUUAUUGCUUUUAUGUUAGAUAUGAAUGCAUGAAUACAGUCCAUGUUGUAAGUGACUGUGUUUUGCAUGUUAUAAGUAGAUCAGUAGAUCAUAUUGUUGCUUAUUGGCACUUCUCACUUGGGAAGUAUUAUUGGAGUUUAAAUUAUAUUCUGAAAUCUAAUAUUGCAGUUCAGUAAUUGAAACUUUUAAUAGUUACAAGGUUUGUUUGCAGUUAACUCUGAAAGAUGCAAAUAAUGUGACGGGUAAAGUAUGUACUGUACAAUACACGCCUUCAGUGUUUGGAAACGAAAAGAGAUGCAUGCAACCUGGUUGCAAAAAAGACCCAAGUCGCCUAGCAACCUGGCGCUAAUUUUAUAAUCUGACUGAAGAAUCUAUCAAUCAAGAAUUUUAUUUAGUAAUCGGCUUGACAUUAGGUAUAAUGUUAUCCACUUAUUUUUAUGGAUUACCACUAAAUAUGGAAUUAUGAAUAAAUUAUGGAAUUACCACUGAUACCACAGAUCAGUUAUUCCUCCUAAUUGCCUAUAAGCAUAACUAUUGUCUGUUGGCUUGGAAAGGUGUCCUGUUCGAUAGUAUACGCUGAAAAUGAACUUGUUUAUGAAGACUUUUCCGAUUCCGACACCCAACAGCACAAUACAACAUUUUUGAAAACAAUUUCUGACUUGCUCUUAUCUUAAAAAUCACUAUAGACUUCCUGUAUGUGGCUGACAUCACAGUGAUGUGUCUCACUCAGGGGUCUAUUAACCAUUACUGUAUACUAUAUGGCCAAGUUUGUUGACACCUGACCAUCACACUCAUGUGGUUCUUCCUCAAACUCUUGCCACAAAGUUUAAAGCAC